CGAGGGGGGGGGGACAAAAAUUAAAAAAAAAACAAAAAAAAAAUUACAGGCCAGGGUUUCAACAUUUGUUUGUGUUUGUGGUGCUGAACAUUGUAAUUUAAUAAAAGUUCAAAAUAUGUUUAAGCCCAAACAAGCUAAAUAUGAUUAUCAAUGCAGAAAAAGGCAUUUUGGAUUGUUUUGAGUUUAUUAGACUUCUAUUCCAUUGAAAUUUCUUUUUGAAAAAAUAUUCAUUUUGCCUCCUGAUUUUUCGAACCAAUUUUUAAGGGGGCGACAUAAACUGUAAAAAAUAUUUGCAACGGCGCCUAAAUCAAAUGUUUUAAAAUUUCACAAAAACUUGCAAAAUGUUAAAACUAUAUUUUUGGGACAUUUUCUUCUUUCCGACUUUUUGGAGAAAACCGAUAAUUUCCGACUUAUUCCCAUUUUUAAAUAGAUUUGCUAACUUCAACAUUUCCACGACAUGGUUUGCCACCCGUUAACUGUAAAGUCAGUUUUAAAGAUUGUACCAGAACUUUUUUUUUCUUAUACAAAUGGUUUCAUUCGGUCAACACUAAUCCCUUCAACGUUCAUCUCUUUUUCGCCAAUCUUCACUCGAGACAAAUGACGCAAAUAACGAUGAUUUACGCACAUCACUUGGUUUAAUGGUUAACUGCUUAAUUCAACUCUAAUUUGCAGAACGUAUAAAUUAAGCAAUUUGAGUAGCAUUAAUAAAGUGUUGUUUAUUUUUAAUGCCUCUUUUCAAACUUUGUUUAAUAAUGAAUAAAAAUAAUGCUUAAACAUUAAUAUUGGAAAUUUAUUUUACAACAGUCAAAUUUGUAACAUUAAAAUUUGCAAUAAUGAAAUGAUUUUUUAAUCGUCCUCGCUAUCUACCACUGAAGCGGCCUUUGAAUUUUAGGCAACGCGUGUCGGCGUCUCGUGAGAAAGGAAAUAAAAUAAUAAACCGUUUUUGUUUUUGCGCGCGACAUCAACCACACUCAUUAGGUGAAUACAUGUAUUUUUCUUGUGCUGCGAGUGUCCGACCAGCUUGCCGCUGGUUGACCUUCGCGAAUUUUGACCAAAAUCAAGUCAAGUUUAACAGCAAAAGCAUGUCAUUAUGUGGGGUAGAUACCUUGGCAAAUUUGCGUACUCUCUACCACAACCCGUGACCAUGACCAUGGCACACGACCUAGGCUACGACCUGGAGGAAGCCCUAAAGCGGGAAGGACUGAACCGGAAUGACCUCGUCGCGCUGCGAUCCCCGCCCAUCGAGGGCGUUCCGCUGGACAUCACCGACCGGCUGCUGACCUGCUUUCUGAGCGCGUGCAACCAAAACAUCGACGAAACCCGCAAGGUCAUCAAGAUCUUCUACGACGCCCGGCGGGACGGCCCCGAGCUGUUCAACGAUCGGGACCCGUUCAGCCCAAAGAUUCGCCAGUGCUUCCAGAAUCAAGACUACUUCCCACUUCCGCCGACUCCCUCCGGUUAUUCCGUGGUGUACCACAGGUUGAGCAGUCCCAAGGCAUCCAACUACUGCUUUGACGAAGCCGUCAAGACGUACUUUAUGCUGCUGGAGUCGUGCCUCACCACCGACGGUCCUCGACCCGGGCUCAUCUGCCUGUUCGACAUGAGCAACGUGGGUCUGACCCAUCUGCUGCGCGUCAAGAUCAGCACAAUCCGCAAGUUCUUCCACUACCUGCAGGACGGUCUUCCGGCCAAACUGAAGGCCAUCCACGUGCUCAACGCGGUGUCCUUCUUCGACAAAGUUCUCUACAUCAUCAAGCCGUUCAUCCACGCGGAAAUUCUCAAGAUGCUGUUCCUGCACGGCUCGAACGACAGCCUGGAGUCGCUGUACGAGGACUGGAUCCCGCGCAGCUGUUUGCCCUCGGAUUACGGCGGUGAGCUCAUGUCGGUUGCGGACCUGCACCAGGAGCACAUUAGAAAGUUCGAAUCGAUGCGACCUUACUUCCUGGCCGAGGAACGUCAACGGAACGGCAAGGGUGACGACGACUCGGUACUGAUAGACGGGGCGAGCAAGAAAAUGAAAUCGUUGGACAUAGAUUAGCAUUUUGGAAUUGGUUUCGUUACGCGCUUAGUCGUUAGUCGGUGACCUGACGGGUGCGGGUCAGUUUGAGGUGGGAAACAAAAUAAUCAAAACCUUCUAAACUAAAACAAACGAUGUGAUAAAUAAAUUGGACAGUUCCCCGAAGAACUGAUUGUUGCAGAGCACAAAACAAACAAAUAAUGUACGAUGGGUGGUGAGGGGUAAUUUUUUAAUAAACUGUAACAUUAUUAUUAUUUUAAA